ACGAACCACAGCUAGCCAACAGCCAACAGCAGCCACUCGCCUCAUGCAAUGCAUCCAUCCUACGACGCACGCACGGGGAUCGAUCGACGAGCCCCAAGAUGGACGCCAUCCGAUCCAAUACAUCCAAUUAAUAUCCGAUUAUCACUCCAAUAUCGAUGAUCGAUCAAAUCCCAGACUAGAAACACACGCACGUAGCCAUCGUCUCAUCCAUCCAUCCAAACCAACACCAGCCAUGCAAUAAUUCCCCCGAUCUAGCCCUCCUCCAAGAAAGCAGCCAUGCAUUAAUUUUAAUGAAAUUGGAUGGACGGAGAUCAUGGGCAUGGCUGCAACGGAGAAAGGAAGGAAGAAAGGAGUCUCGUUAGUACUGAAAUGGAGCCAGUCUAUGUCUAUAUAGCCAGUGGAGAACAGAGAUAUUGCUAAGCUUAGGCUUGGCUAGCUCAUGCCCUUGCUCAGUUGCUCUCCGCCUUGCUGUCCAUGCAAGCCGCCGCCGUCGUCUCUGCUUCUUCUUCCUCAAGCGAAGCCUCCAAGGGCGCCGCUGUCUCUGCUUCUUCUUCUUCCAUGGAGAGGACCAGCCAGUGGGUGUCGUCGCAGGACGUCCCUGCGGACCUCGUCGUCCGGGUGGACGGCGCCGCCUUCCCGCUCCACAAGGCCGUCAUGGUGCCCGGGUGCGGCUACCUCCGCAAGGCCGUCGCCGCCGCCGCCGCCGCACGCGCGCGGGGCUCCGCCGUCGUUGAGGUGGAGCUCGAGGGGUUCCCGGGCGGCGCGGAGGCGUUUGAGAAGGCGGCACGCUACUGCUACGGCACGAACUUUGAGAUCUCUGCCAGAAACGCGGCGUCGCUGCUCUGCGCCGCCGCUUUCCUCGACAUGGCAUCGGAGGGUGGCCUCGUGAGCCGUGUCGAGGAGUUCCUGGCCAAGGUGGGGCUCCGGACGCUGCCCGGCGCCAUCGCCGUGCUCCGGUCCUGCGAGGGGGAGACGCUCGCCGCCGACCUUGCACGCCGCGCCGCCGAUGUCGUCGCUCUUAGGAUCUGCAACGAGGCGUUGUUCGCCACCCGGUCGCCGGCCGACUGGUGGGCGGCAGAGCUGGCGGUGUUGUUGCCGGCAUCAUUUAACAAGGUUGUGGCGGCGCUGAGGUCCCGCCGGGCCGGCCCGGAGAUCCUUGCCGCUGCGGCCAUUGGUUAUGUCGAGCUUCGGCUCGCCGAGCCUGUCGCUGAGGAGGACCACCGCAUGCUGCUCGAGUCUGUGGUCACUGUGCUCCCUCCCCACGACGACGCGCCGCUCCCGGCCGCCUUUCUCAGUCGGCUCCUCCGCGCUGCGCUCGCCGUCGACGCUGAGGAAUCCACCAUCCGCCGUGAUCUCGAGCUCCGCCUCGCCGCCGUCCUCGACCAGGCCACCGCUGCCGACCUCCUCUCCUUCGCCCUCGACGACGAUAACCACGAUUCAACCCAGCCACCACACGCCGCCCACCUCGACACCCUCCGCCGCGUCAUCACCGCCUUCGUCUCCCUCACCUCCGGCGCCGGCGGCCCCGACAACAAAAGGUCAUCCAACCGUCGUUCGUCCCUCUCGGGCUCGCCGCCGGCGGCUCCAAACACGAUCGCGAAGAUGCAGAAGGUGGCAAAGACCAUCGACGAGGUGGCGGCGGAGAUCGCGACGGAGGAGACGCUCCCGAUCUCCAAGUUCGUGUCCAUCGCCGGCGCGAUCCCAAGGGAAUCACGCCCUGGCGGCGCAGCGCACGACUGCGUGUAUCGCGCCGUGGACGUGUACCUGAAGGCGCACCCGGGGCUGGACGAGAUCGAGCGGGAGAAGGUGUGCAGUGUCAUGGACCCGCUCAAGCUCUCCCCCGCCGCCCGCCUCCACGCCUCCCAGAACAAGCGCCUCCCGCUCCAGGCCGUGCUCUCCGCGCUCUACUACGACCAGCUCAAGCUUCGCUCCGGGCAGCUCACCGGAGACGAGGAUGAUCGGUCCGAGGCUGGGUCGGCGAGGAUGCAGGCAAAGGCGGACGCGGCGCUGGCGAGGGAGAAUGAGGCUUUGCGAUCGGAGCUGGGGAGGAUGAGGGCGCACAUGUCAUCGUCUUCCUCUGGAUCUGGCAGGGGGCAAAGGAGUAAAGGCAGUGGGUCAAGGACGCCGGCGGCGAUGAAGGGUAAGAUGAAGGUGGGGUUCUUCGGGUCGAUGUCGAGGACGUUGAGCCGGCUCAACCCGUUCAGGGCCGGCGGCGGUAGGUGGUCCAAGGACACAUCCAACAUCGCCGACGCCGCCAUUGUCAAGCCCAAGAGGAGGAGGUUCUCCAUUGGCUAAUUAAGCCUAGCCAAGAAGCUCCCUUUAAUGGAAACUCAAUCAUUUGUCAUCAUUGUAGCUUCAAAUUCAUUGGUACUACGAGUAGUAUCUACCUAUGAUCCAUCAAAUUUUAUGUGUGCUGUGUGUGUAGAGGCAAUGAAGGAGCUUAAUCGACUGUUUGUGAUCAGUAAUUAAGCACCGUAUGCUGGAGAUUGUAAUUUGCACAUUAGUAGAAGGAAUUAACUAAGGAUGUGUUCAUUUGUGUUA